UUUUAUCAAGAAUUUUUUCAGUUUCAAAAAUAAUGAAAUUUUUAAUUAUUUUGGCCACAUUUUUAGUGGCUGUUAAUGGUGAUCAUCAUCAUCAACAACAACAACAACAAGGAUACAAUGUUCAACAACAACAACAACAACAACAAAAACCAAAAUUGUAUUCAUCGAAUGCAAUGGUUGAUUCGGUCCAUAAAGUUGUUCCAUCAUCAUCAUCAUCAUCAUCAUAUCAACAAGCUGAUGGUCGAUAUUAUUAUUCAAUGAAACCACAACCAACACCAGUAAUAUCGGAUAAUCAAUAUUAUUCAAUGCCAAAAAUGUAUUCACAGGCCGGUGGACAUACUGGUUCGGGUUAUAUGGUACCCAUAUCUUACAGUGGUAAUUAUAUUCAUAAUCCAAAAUAUUAUCCAACUGCAGUUAUUCCAUCAUCUGUAUCGGAUGCUGGUUAUGGAUCAUCAUCAAGAUAUCUCUAUGGAAAACCGACAAUAUUUCUUGUUGGUCGAUCAUUUGAUGGAUCUAAUAUGUCUAUAAGUGAAAUUGUUCCUAAUGUUACCGAUGUAAAAAAUGUUGCCGUUUCUUCCGUUCCAGUUAAUGUUCCAUCAAUGACCAAAAAAAUGAAUACUGUUAAUAUUGUUGCUGGUAGAUCAUCAAUCCAACCAUCAUAUCAACCACCAGUCGUCUGUAAUACUCAACCACCAUCUGGUUAUCAACCACGUAGUUUUCUUUGGGAAAUGGAAAACAUUGUUGUACCAUGGCUUCAAUAUCGUGGCCUAUUAAGAUAUUCAACACCAUUAAAUUCAGCUAUUCCACCAUGGGAUGGUGUAAGUAAAUAUUGGACAGCUAUUCAUACAGAUGAUUCACCAUGUGGAAUUCGAUAUGUUUAUAUGCAAGAUGAAUUGGAACGUAUGUUUCAAUCACAUUUAAUUUAUGAACAACAACAACAACAACAACUGCCACAACAACCGAACCGUGUUUUACCCGGAACUGCCAUUAGCCAUCAUCCAAAUCAACAACCACAUUAUCCACAUCAACCACAACAGCCACAAUAUCCACAACAACCACAUUAUCCACAGCAGCCACAUUAUCCACAAAAACCACAAUAUCCACAACAGCCACAUUAUCCACAUCAACAAAAAACGAUUCAAAAUUCACCAAUCAUUGUAGGCAGCGGUGUACCAGUUAUGGAUAAUUCUCAUAUUACCGGAAUUCCUGUUGGACAUAGUGGAUCGAUGAAAGCAUAAAUUUUUUUUUUUUGAUUGGGCUUACCAUGAUUUGAUUGAUUGAUUGA